UGGCCCCGCCCUCCUCUUCACACCGUGGUGGGUCUGAGCGGUUGUGUCCCCGGUCUGGCACGUUCCUGGCUAAAUCCUCCACAGUGUAAAAAAAAUUGGACCCCCCCCUCUCAUUGAACCGGGCCAUAAAACGAACCCUUUGAAUUAAUCCUAUCUGGCACUAAAUUCCUGCUCUGCACACCCCUCAAAUUCUGUACCAGACACCUUGGACUGGAAGAUGGCGGUGGUAAGCGGGAUGUUGGGGUCGGCUAUAGCCCGGCUGGAGGGCCGAGAGUUCGAGUAUCUGAUGAAGAAAAGGUCGGUGACUAUCGGCCGGAACUCUUCCCAGGGCUCAGUGGACGUCAGCAUGGGCCACUCGAGCUUCAUCUCCCGGCGGCACCUCGAAAUCUUCACCGCCGGGGAGGAUGGCUCGGGCACGAGGGAAUUCUACCUCCGGUGCCUGGGAAAAAACGGGGUGUUUGUUGACGGGGUGUUCCAGAGGAGAGGGGCGCCACCUCUCCAGCUCCCACGAAUGUGCUGCUUCCGCUUCCCCAGCACAAGUAUCAAGAUCACGUUCACCGCCCUGUCCAACGACAAAAAGGAGCCAAGGAACGUGCCGGAAUCACCGGUCAAAUCUGUCCAGCCCCAAAUCUCACCGCUAACCAUCAACAUUCCCGACAACAUCGCCCACCUCAUGAGCCCGCUGCCCUCGCCCACCGGCACCAUCAGCGCCGCAAACUCGUGUCCGUCAAGUCCGAGGGGAGCGGGGCUCUCCAGCUACAGAACCGGCCGUGUUCUCGCCUCGGAAAUCAUAGGAGACAACUCGCAAUCAGAAAAUGACAAGGAGGCCUCGGGUGAAGACAGCCCAAAGGACGACUCCAAACCGCCGUACUCCUAUGCACAACUAAUAGUCCAAGCUAUCACCAUGGCUCCAGAUAAGCAGCUAACUCUGAAUGGAAUAUACACCCACAUCACCAAGAACUACCCCUACUACAGAACAGCCGAUAAAGGCUGGCAGAACUCGAUCCGCCACAACCUGUCCCUGAACCGGUACUUCAUCAAAGUCGCCAGGUCCCAAGAAGAGCCGGGCAAAGGUUCGUUCUGGAGAAUCGACCCCGCCUCAGAGGGCAAGCUUAUAGAGCAAGCCUUUAGAAAGCGCAGGCCCAGGGGAGUGCCGUGCUUCCGGACCCCAGUGGGGCCCCUCUCCUCCAGGAGUGCCCCUGCUUCUCCCAACCACAUGGGGGUGCUGUCUGCCCACUCCAGUGGGGUCCAGACCCCAGACAGCCUGUCUAGAGAGGGCUCCCCGGUUCCCAUGGAGUCAGAGACCCCCCCAGCACCACCAGCCCAGACAGCUACAGUCCAGCCCAAACUGGCGGUCAUUCAGGAGGCUCGCUUUACACAAAACUCUCCAGGCUCCCCUCUUAACAGCCAGCCCGUGUUGAUCGCCGUGCAGCGCCAGAUGCCUCAAACCACCAUGAAGCCUGUGACCUACACCAUGGCAACCCCAGCCAUGGUAACAACAUCAGUAAGCUCUGCUCCUGUCAUGCAGACGGUGCAUGUGGUCCACCAGAUCCCGGCGGUCACCAUGGCAACCGUCGGCGGGCACUCCGCCUCAAAAGAAAGCUUAGCGCCUCAAGAGAACGGAGGAGGAGAGCACCAGGAGAUCAAAGUCAAAGUGGAGCCGGUCCCGUCCAUCACGGCUUCUUCUAUAGGUGGAGUCAGCCGCAUCAUCCAGAGCUCCCAGGCUGCUCCCUUGACCACCGUCACCAUAGUUCAACAAGCCCCGCUCGGCCAGCACCAGCUUCCUAUCAAGGCUAUAACGCAGAAUGGGACUCACCUCGUGCCCAUUAGCACUGCUGCUAGUUCAGCAAACCCUCUCCAUCUCCUGGCAACGCACGCCUCGGCCUCAGCCUCCCUCCCCACCAAGAGGCAGAACGGAGAGCUGCAGGAUCAGCCCGAGUCGAAGAGGGUGAAAACCGCGGAGGAGGACAGCGGCCAAGCAGCGGCUGCUGUGAGCAGCAGCAACAACGGCACCACGGACAGCGCCGGCGAGCCCGACGACAAGUAGUCCCCCCCCCCCCACCCGAUCCCUAGCCCACAUCUGCCGGGCCUCAUCCCUCCAUCUUCCAUCCCACCCUCCACCACCAUCCUCAAGGUGCCAAAAAGAGAAGCACUACCGAUUGUGCAACCCCUCCCGCCCCCCGCCCAACCUCCCUAUCUGCCACGUAUUUAAUAGCAGAAAACACAAUGCAAAAACUAGAGACCAAACCGAAAAAUGAAACAGAAGCAUAGCUGAUGACUGUGAACCCCCCCCUCCCCCCACGCCCAAAGUUUGAGACCCAGAGAGCAAGAAAGAAGCAGAGACCGAAGAAAGGAAAGUCCAGACAUAAAAAAAAAAAAUGUAUCCAUGCAACUUCCCCCAAAGACGAACAGGAGUCUCCUCCAGGUAGCAUUACAGUCAAGUGUUAAACCAGUAAGCGGCAUCAUCAGUAGGCAGGCCUGUGGACAUGUGGACAUUCCCAUCUUUGGCAGCUAGCCUCCACGUCGACCUACCUAACCGAGUCAUGAGUAGAAAUGCAGUAUUCCGUCGUGUCUUUGGAUCUCUAUGGAGUGUUAGUCCGUUUUUUCCGAGGCACAGCUGCUGUCUAGUAAUAAUCCAGAGCAGGAAGCGCCGUGAGCGGCCUCUUUACGAACAUCCAAACAUCUCAACGCGGUCUUCUGGGAAUCUUUUUGUUGCCGUCUUUGUAUGUGGACUGUUUGGUGACAUGAAUGUAGUCUUACUUUUUGUUUUAUUUUAAUUUUUAAAAUUUUAUUUUAUUAUUUUUUUUUCCUUUUAAAGAAAACACUAUGGAGUGGGUGCUCUUCUGUUUCUGCGGAUGAAACGUGGUUCUCGCUGUACAUCAACAGAUCUUUGUCAUAUUUUCCAGAUAUCCUAAUUAAAAAAAAAAAAAAAAAGUAUAUUCCCGUGUGUAUUCCGGCAUACGUGUCAUUGAGCUUGCAUGUUACAGAUGUAGAAACAAAAGUACCAGAGCAGAUAAUCUGAAUACGGAACUGAAGAAAACUUAGACUGAAUCUACGCUAUACGAUUCUGACCUGUGCUGCACUUAACCUCUUAUUGUUUUUUUUUUUUUUUUGUUUUUUUUAUUGUUUUGUACUUGCUCACUUGUUUUCCCCUCGUCAUCAUCGGCUGUGUUUAUCUUUGUGUUGAAGUUGAUUCGCUUGGUUUUUCUUUUCUUUUUUUCUUUUAGGCGAUAAAGUAAGGCUUUUCAGCUUCUGUCCUAUGUUCUAUGGGCUAAAACAAGUGAUAGGUGUUCGUUCUGCUUCAGUGGAAAAAUGCUUUUUUUUUUUUUGUUUUGUUUUUAUAAAUUUAUUUAAACACAGAUUCUCUCAGUUUGUAUUUCUUUGAGUAAACCCUCUCAGUUGAGCAAA